GGAGAGGAGGAGCGGAACAGGAAGACUAGACUCCGCCCCAUGGCGGCCUUCCGCUGGGGAAGCGGAAGCUCCUCGGCCCCGCCCGGCAGCGUCCGGCGGUGCCUGGCAGCCAUGGCUGACGAGGAGGAGGAUGUGCCGUUUGAAGAGGACGCGGAAGAUGCCGGCGGGGGCCUGGACGGCGGGCAGGGCAAGAGGAAGAGGCUGUUCUCCAAAGAACUAAGAUGCAUGAUGUAUGGAUUCGGGGAUGACCAGAACCCUUACACAGAAUCAGUGGACAUUCUUGAGGACCUGGUAAUAGAGUUUAUCACAGAAAUGACGCACAAAGCGAUGUCAAUUGGGCGGCAGGGUCGUGUACAGGUUGAGGACAUUGUCUUCCUCAUACGCAAGGACCCCCGGAAGUUUGCCAGAGUUAAAGACCUCCUAACUAUGAACGAAGAACUGAAACGAGCCAGAAAGGCCUUUGAUGAAGCAAACUAUGGAUCUUGAUUCUGUGCACAAGCUGCACUAAGGCAUUACUUGGGCACCUGCUGCCCAAAAGGAGCAUGAUCUGUGUUGUUUGAAGGGGUUAUUCAGGAUGGAGGUCACUGCUGGGAUGUCUGCCUGCACUCCCAGCCCUUUUUGAGAAGCUUUCAAGCAGCUGAAUAUUAUCUGAUUAUACAUGGUACAACUUGGUGUUUUUAUGCCAUCGCAUGAAAUGAGGAAAGAGCUCUAAAGAUUUUGUAAUGGCAGGCAGUCUGAAGUAGGAGUGUGUUGGAUUAGAUAUCUAAAGGGGACAACUAUUUCAGUUAUUGCUGGGUAUUCCUGUGGCAGGAAACCUAGAAAGUAGAUCUUGGUUAACUGGACAAAGUCCUCAAGCCCAAACUACUAUAGAACUUCUGCUCUUUGCUCUGUACGUGCUCUUUGAAUAAAACAAUUUAAGUUUGUGCCCAUUA